AUGAUGCUGAGUGCAGCACUGUGUGCCAUGUCUGCAGCCUUUGCAGCUUCUGCUGCCUAUGCAGCUCGCAGAGUGGUGCAGAAACUUUCAGACGUUGAAAGUGCAGUGUGGUUCUAUGCAGACAAGGUCCAGGCUGGAGAAUACAGGCAGGACCGUGCAGCCGGCUUGCAGAAUGAUGUGUCGAGGAAGAUCAUGCAGGCCUUCCAGCAGUGCAGCGAGCAGGGCAACUGCAAUCCUGGACUGUACCUGCAGAGACAGCUGCAGGCAGCGAUGGAGAGUGCCAUCCGUGCGGCGGUUCUGCAGGGUGUUGCAGACAAGGAGCUGUGGUGGAAAUGCAGUGUGCUGGAGGCCAAGCUCUGCUUAUGCAGAGAUUGGCUGGUGGAUGUGCAGAAUGCACGCCUGAAGAAUGGCUGCGAGAUCUUUGCCAAGGUGACUGCAGGGCGGAUCCAGAUGCACCCUGCUGCAUGCCCGCAGACCAGGAUUGCAGAGUGGCAGCAGCUUGCAGUGGGUGAUGGCAUGCAGGUUUUCGGCUUGAAGCCCCUGCUAAUGCAGAUAGAGGACCGAGUGCAGGAGGUCCAGACACUCUGCAAUGCAGGUGCAGAGCAUGCUGUGAAGAGCCGCCGAGUGCAGCGAUUUGAGAUUUUUUGGUACCAUGCAGACUGGUGCCUGCCCAUGCAGAAGUUCCACUUGCAGCUGCACUCGGAGAGGUGCAGAAGGUGUGUGCAGAGAUGUGUUUGCCUGGAGCUUGCAGCCUUUUGCAGAGUAGCAUCCCCUUGA